AUGGAGCCAUGGCUUAUAGUCAUUACCUUUCUUUGUAUGUCGGCUUUACUCGGAAGGUUUGUUCGUCUCUUUUUCCAUACCAGAAACCUACCACCAGGACCUCCCACCGUUCCCGUUUUAGGAAAUUUCUUGUGGAUGCUCAAAUCCUCCAACAACUUUUCUUCAAUGGAGCCGGUUCUUCGUCAAUUGCGCGCCAAAUACGGUCCUAUCGUGACCCUUCACCUGGGUUCUCGACCUUCCAUUUUUAUAACCACUCAUGAAGCAGCACAUCGAGCCCUUGUACAGACUGGUUCGCUCUUUGCUAACCGCCCUUCUGCUCUUACCUCCUCUAGUGUCUUCUUCAGCAAGCAACAUACUCUCAGUACUGCUCCUUAUGGCUCUCUCUGGCACUUGCUUCGUAAAAAUUUCAUGUCUCUUCUUCAUCCUUCCCGUUUGCAUUUAUACUCCGACGGCCGCAAAUGGGCACUCGGUGUACUCAAGACAAAACUUAUUGCAGCAGCACAAGCAGACAACAAAGAUAUUGUUGUUGUCGAGCAUUUUCAGUUUGCCAUGUUUUGCUUGUUAGUGUACAUAUGUUUUGGUGAGCAACCGGAAGAGCAUGUGAUUAGAGAGAUUGAGGUUGCGCUACGUGCUUCCAUCACCAAUUUUAUUAGAUUCAAUGUCCUAAAUUUCAUCCCCAACUUAGGAAAGAUUGUGUUUCGAAAACUAUGGAAAGAGGUUUUAGAAAUUCGUCGAAAGCAAGAAAUAGUUCUCCUCCCGCUUAUCAAAGCGAGAAGAGAAAAACACAAGUAUGGUGUGAAUAAUAACAUAUUCUAUGUCGAUUCACUGUUCGAUCUUCGGGUUCCAGAUGGUAAAAUAACAAGAGAGUUAUCAGAUGGAGAAUUGGUGAGCUUAUGUUCGGAAUUCAUCAAUGGGGGAACAGAUACUUCAACCACUACAUUACAAUGGGUAAUGGCUAAUUUAGUGAAGAAACAAGAAAUACAAGAUAAACUAUUGCAAGAAAUUAAAAACACGACAGAAGCAGAUAGCUAUAAGGAAAUAGAAGAAGAAGAGGUUAAGAAAAUGGCGUAUUUGAAGGCAGUAAUUUUAGAAACACUCCGACGACAUCCUCCUGGGCACUUCAUAUUGCCAAGAGCAGUGACAAAAGACACCAAAUUUGAUGGCUACGACAUACCAAAGGACGCUAUAGUGAAUUUUACAGUAGCGGAAAUGGCGUGGGAUCCGAAAGUGUGGGAAGAUCCAAUGGAGUUUAAACCCGAAAGGUUUAUGAAUGAGGGAGUAGCGUUUGAUGUAAAAGGCAUUAGAGAGAUCAAGAUGAUGCCAUUUGGUGCAGGAAGAAGAGUUUGUCCUGCGAUUUCUAUUGCAACGCUUCAUCUUCAAUAUUUUGUAGCAAAUUUGGUGAGAGAUUUUGAAUGGAAGGAAGGGAAUGGAUAUCAGGUCGAUCUGUCUGAGACUCAAGAAUUCACUAUGGUCAUGAAGAAUCCACUUAGGGUUUCUAUCACUCCAACAAGGAAACUAUAG